UUUACUCUAUAAGUGAUUGGACAUAUGAUCAUGAGUUUAGAGCCUUCUGGGGAGGAACAGGAAAAGUUUAGGUCAAAUUUUAAGAUUAUCUCUUCCUCAUUUGCCUCUUUGCCAUUUAAACUUCCAGGGACAGCAUUCCAUCGUGGUAUCAAGGCUCGGGAUAGGAUGUAUGAGAUGUUGGAUUCUACAAUUUCGCGGAGGAGAAGUGGCCAAGAAUUUCAGCAGGAUUUCUUAGGAUCCUUAGUUAUGAAACAUAGCAAAGAAGAUGGAGAAGAAGAUGAAAAUAAACUCACAGAUAAACAAUUGAAGGAUAAUAUAUUAACUCUGCUGGUUGCAGGCCAUGAUACCACAGCAGCUGCUCUUACAUGGCUCAUCAAAUUUCUUGGUGAAAAUCCAAUUGUUUUGGAACAAUUGAGAGAGGAACACAGACAAAUUGUCAUCAACAGAAAGAGUGGAACAGAUCAUACUUGGGCUGAAGUUAAUAACAUGCCUUACACGGCUAAAGUGAUCAGCGAAACACUUCGAAGAGCCACAAUACUACCUUGGUUUUCAAGAAAGGCAUCCCAGGAUUUUGAAAUUGAUGGUUAUAAAAUUAAGAAAGGUUGGUCUGUCAACCUAGAUGUUGUUUCUAUACACCAUGACCCCGAAGUUUUCCCAGAUCCUGAAAAGUUUGAUCCCUCUAGAUUUGAUGAAACCCUGAGGCCUUUCAGUUUUCUUGGAUUUGGUAGUGGACCACGCAUGUGUCCUGGAAUGAACCUUGCCAAGCUAGAAAUUUGUGUUUUCAUCCAUCAUCUUGUCAACAGAUACAAUUGGAGACCUCUGGAGAAAGACAAUUCUGUGCAACCAACGCUUGUAAGGAUGCCAAAGAACAAGUAUCCUAUUAUAGUUGAAGCACUAGGACACGAUUCCUCCAGAAACUACAAACAAACAACAGAAGAAAAGAUAGCACAGAAAAAUGUUGUAUAUGAACAGAAUCAUUGUAUCUUUAUUGUUGCUGCAUGGAGAGAAAUUAUGAACCAAAUCAUGCUUUAUUACUUGUGAGGAAAGAUACUAAUCCUCAAUGAAUAAUACACAUUUCCUUUUUCAGUA